AUGAGUGUGGAUUGGAAAGAUAAUGAGCCUGUUCCUUACGCUGCACUAUGUAAAACUUUUGAAAAAAUCGAAUCAACUACGAAACGUCUGGAUAUUCAAAAACACUUAACUUCUUUUUUUGGACGAGUGAUUGAAAAAAAUCCAGAGGACUUUCUGAAUGUUCUAUACUUAUGUCUGAAUAGAGUUUGCCCUGAAUAUGAAGGUCAUGAAUUAGGUGUUGGCGAAUCUUUAUUAAUCAAAAGUAUUGCAGAAACAACUGGUCGGAAACCUGCAAAGGUUAAGGAAGAGUUAUCUAAGUGGGGAGAUCUGGGUAAAGUUGCAAAGGAUAGCAAAACCACCCAACCUACAUUGUUUGUUCCAAAACCUUUAACAGUUCAAGUAGUUUUUAAUAAAAUGAAAAUAAUUGCGGGAAUUUCUGGUCAUGAAUCACAAGAACGUAAGGUUCGAGAAAUCAAAUUUUUGCUCACAGCUUGCAGAGGAAAAUUACGUAUUGGUCUUGCCGAACAGACGAUUUUAAUAUCUUUGGCACAAUCGAUUGUGAUGAAAGAUCCUGCAUAUCAAGAGUUAUCUCAAGCGAAAAGAACGGAAGAAUUGACUGAAGCUUCAGAUAUUUAUGGAGUGAAAGGACUUGAAGAACGUUGCAAACUUACGCCUGGUAUUCCGAUUAAGCCUAUGUUGGCACAUCCAACAAAAAGUAUCACAGAAGUACUGGAUCGAGUAGAAGGGCACAAAUUUACAUGCGAAUUUAAAUAUGAUGGGGAACGUGAGCAGGUUCACAUGCUUGAAGAUGGCACUCUAAAAAUAUAUAGUCGUAAUUUAGAGGAUAGUUCGACGAAGUUUCCUGACAUUAUUAAAUUAAUGUCUCAGAUUGUGAAACCUGAUACAAAAUCUUUUGUACUUGAUUGUGAAGUUGUUGCAUGGGAUCUGGAGAAAGAAUGCCUUUUACCUUUUCAAAUUUUAAGCACUCGUAAAAGAAAAGACGUCAAAGAGAAGGAUAUCAAAGUUACCGUUUGUCUUUUUGCUUUUGACUUGUUGUAUUUAAACGGAGAAUCAUUUCUUAAGAAACCGCUUGAAGAAAGACGCCAACAUUUGUUCAAUGCUUUCCAAGAAGUGGAUAAUAAAUUCUCUUUUGUGCGUCACAUGAAUGCCACCAAUACUGAAGAAAUUCAGACGUUCCUUGAUGAGAGUUUCAAAUACAAUUGCGAAGGAUUGAUGAUUAAAGUGCUUGAUGGCCAGGAAUCGACGUAUGAACCUUCAAAAAGGUCGAGAAACUGGCUGAAGCUUAAAAAAGAUUAUCUUAGUGGUGUAGGAGAUUCUCUAGAUCUUGUUGUCAUUGGAGCAUAUCUAGGACGCGGGAAACGUACGAAUGUCUAUGGUGCAUUCCUUCUCGCCUGUUAUAAUCCGGAGGAAGAAAAAUACCAAACAAUCUGCAGAAUUGGAACGGGAUUUUCUGAUGUUUCUUUGGGAAAUCAUUUUAAAUUUCUUAAAGAACACGAAAUUUCCGCACCAAGAAAUUAUUACGACUAUGACAAAGGAGCAAAUCCAGACGUUUGGUUUGAACCAGUUCAGGUCUGGGAAGUAAAAGCGGCUGAUCUCAGUAUUUCUCCUAUAUAUAAGGCAGCAGUCGGAAUGGUUGAUCAUAAUAAGGGAGUAUCUUUACGUUUUCCACGAUUCAUACAAGUACGAGAGGACAAAAAGGCGGAAGACGCGACCACAUGUGAACAAGUAAAGUAUCAAAUUUAUUGUUUUGAUUGCUAUUUAAGAUUAAGUCGAUAA